UACGGGAUAUGAACCUGCGUUUCCGAUCACUGUCGAAAAUUAUUCUUUUGGCCUUUGCAAUGACCGUCAGCCUGUUCAGAUGUGAAGGCAAACACUGAAGUGUUGCAGCAAUGGCCGGGCACAGUAAUCACCUCAUUGACCACACUCGCAACACAAGAUGGCCGCAUUCGUGCCUCGACAGGUCUACCCGCACCUGUCCUCCAUACCGCGGUCCUACUUCUUAGGACAUCAUGCAGCCGGUUUGGCGAAGAUGAAAUCCAUGGUCUCACAGAUUGACCUCGUGAUCGAGUGUCGCGACUACCGUACGCCAAUAGUAUCUCGAAACCCACUCUUCGAGGCGAACUUGGGCGAACGACCACGACUGAUCGUGUACACGAAGCAAGAUCUGGGCAGUAACUUCACAGACGCAGACAGAAAAAGAGAAGCCGCCAUCAGAAAAUGGGAUGCUCCUUCGACAUCGUUCUUCGCCGACGUCAAAUCUAAAACCGCAAUCACCCGAGUUCUUGACUUUGCUCGAGCACAUGCCAACGAGUCUACUUCACUGUUCGGUACCAGACUCAUGGUGGUUGGAAUGCCCAAUGUAGGCAAGUCUUCUCUCCUCAACGCUCUCAGAAACGUCAGCUUGGGCAAGAAGAAGGCUGCAAGAACAGGAGACCAGCCUGGAGUCACAAGGAAGAUUGGGACCAGCGUCAAGAUCAUCGAAGGUGAAGAUGGCAGGGAGGGUGUAUAUGUCCUCGAUACACCGGGUGUUUUCGUUCCUUACGUCCCUGAUGCGGAAAGUAUGCUCAAGCUGGCAUUGUGCGGAAAUGUGAAAGACACAGUUAUCCCGCCAACAACCAUUGCCGACUAUCUCCUCUUCCACCUGAACCUGCAUGAUCCGACACUGUACAACAUUUUCUCCGAACCAACGAACGACAUUUUUGUCGUGCUGGAAGGACUGGCACGAAAACAGGGCCGGUUGAAGAAAGGUGGAUUACCCGAAUUCGAUUCUUCGGCAUUACAAUUCGUACAGCGCUGGAGGAGUGGUCAAAUGGGUCGAUUCGUCCUGGACGAUGUAUCAGAAGAAGCCUUGGUGCAACGAGCCGACCUGCUUCAAGUCUAUGGCGGGAGCAUGAAUCAAGCACGUAAAGGCAUGAAGGCAGCAAGAAAAGCGGCCUACCUUGAGAGAGCACAAUGACAUGGUUUUACAAAGUCACUACAAUCUACUCUCUUUGAGCAAUAUACGACGGGCCGUUCCAACUUGAAUGAUUGCUCAAACCUACGUCGUUCGAGGCAUUUGAUACACGAACAAUACGCGGAAGUGUUCAUCACAUCUAUGCCAAGGCGUCCUGCAGAACACUUAUCAUUUCUCGUGUGCCUUCAAACCCUCUUUCCUAUUAUAUUCUCGAGGCAGUCUGGUAGGCGACCGAACAUCUUCAAGGCUUGUCCAUGACGCUCGAAUGAACGAACAGCUUUCAGCAAUGUUCAAC